CGCUCGGCUAUCUCCGUCGGCGGCGCUCGGCUUUCUCCGUCGGGGCGGCUCGGCUAUCUCCGGCCGCUCGGCAUCCCGGUCCCCGCCGUGGCUGCGGCGCUGGGGCUUUUCACUGCGGCUGCGACCCCCGGCUCCCGCCCGCCGGUGCCCGCGCCCCGCUGCCCAUGCAGGCCAUCAAGUGCGUGGUGGUCGGCGACGGAGCCGUGGGGAAGACGUGCCUGCUCAUCAGCUACACCACCAAUGCCUUCCCCGGAGAAUACAUCCCCACCGUCUUCGACAACUACUCGGCCAACGUGAUGGUGGACGGGAAGCCCGUGAACCUGGGCCUGUGGGACACGGCCGGACAGGAAGACUAUGACCGGCUGCGGCCCCUCUCCUACCCCCAGACGGAUGUCUUCCUGAUCUGCUUCUCCCUGGUGAGCCCGGCCUCCUUCGAGAACGUCCGCGCCAAGUGGUACCCGGAAGUGCGGCACCACUGCCCCAACACGCCCAUCAUCCUCGUGGGCACCAAGCUAGACCUGCGGGACGACAAGGACGCCAUCGAGCGGCUGCGGGACAAGAAGCUGGCCCCCAUCACCUACCCCCAGGGCCUGGCCAUGGCAAGGGAGAUCGGCUCCGUCAAGUACCUGGAGUGCUCGGCCCUGACGCAGAGGGGGCUGAAGACGGUGUUCGACGAGGCCAUCCGGGCCGUGCUGUGCCCCCCGCCCGUCAAGAAGCCCGGCAAGAAGUGCACCGUCUUCUGAGGGUCCCGAGCCCGGGGAGCGGCGGGGGGAGGGGCCCGGGGGGCCCGGAGCCAGCCC